GCAAUUAAAAAUCAUCUCAAACCUACCAGAGAGGAGCACUCAAACAAAAGUUCUUCUUUGUGUUCCACAUUUUGUGAAAGUUUAUAAAGGAAAGAGAGAAAAAUAGAUAAAAAGGGUAUCUCCAUUGCUAUCACGUGCAGGUAAGACCAGAGAAGAAGCAAAGGGAUAACAUACGUUGGAAGCGAGGAACUUUCUUCUCCCAUUAGUAGACGUCACAAAAAACACCUUGCCCGCGAACACCCAAAAGCGCCACGCACCCUCUAUCUCUGAGACACUCAGCGUUUUUUCAUUCAUGCAAUCUUUGGCUUUCACUCCAUAAUUUUCCAAUUUAAGUUUAAUGGUUGAUGCACAGGGAAUUGGAUGGGAGCUCAGAAGAGCAUCCAUGCUGGCAAAGCCAAGAUUGAUGUUAAUGUUGAUCUCACUCACAAGCUAUGCGCUUCUUUGAUGCUUACUCCUUUCAGGAGCACUGGCAGUCCUCUUUCUCUGAUAAUUGGGAGUCUUUACAUCAAACACCCGAACUUAUUUGGUGGAAGCGAGAAACUUGAUGUAUCGUGGGACAAGGGGCUGUAUGAUUCAAAUGUCUUGGUGGCUUAUCGGAGGCCGAGACCUGAAUGGCUUGCUCAACAGUCUUUUGUUAUUCAGCAUUCUCUUUCACCUGAGAUUGGGGUCCAUGGUGUCCCCACGGACAAUUUCACCCGUUCAGGGAGUGGAGGUGUGAAUUUGUCUCGAUUAUCAGUUGGAAUGGAUCGGAAUGAGCCAGCAAGUUCUAAAUGGAGCAGUGCAACCAGUAUAAAAUUUGAGCAUGUUCGUCCUCUAAAUGAUGAUGGUCGCUCAAUAAGCAGAGAUCUUGAUGGGUUUCCUGUGACUUGCAGUGGCAAUUCACAUGACAGUAUGGUAGUUUUAAGGCAAGAAUCUCGAUUUGCUAGGGCAAAUGAUCGUACUUUUUCUCGUUUUAGUCUGCAAAUAGAACAAGGGAUUCCAGUUCUAUCUAAGUGGCUAAUCUUCAACCGGUUUAAAUUUGUAGCAUCAAAGGGAGUUAAACUUGGGCCUGCAUUUCUUUUGACAAGCCUGACAGGUGGUUCCAUUGUUGGGGACAUGGCUCCUUACCAAGCAUUUGCAAUUGGGGGUCUUGGCAGUGUGCGGGGUUAUGGUGAGGGUGCAGUUGGAUCUGGGAGAUCUUGUCUGGUUGCUAACAGUGAAUUGACAUUCCCUUUAAACAAGAUGUCUGAAGGUGCUCUUUUCUUGGACUGUGGAACUGAUUUGGGGUCUGGUCAACAUGUACCAGGAAAUCCAGCACUGCGGCAGGGCAAACCGGGAUCUGGUAUUGGGCUUGGAUAUGGCCUGCGGUUUAAAUCUCAGUUUGGUCACUUUCAGGUUGAUUAUGCAAUCAAUGCAUUUCAACAGAAAACUCUCUACUUUGGCAUCAGCAACGUUGCUUCCUGAUUGCCUCCUGCAAUGGCCAAGCUUCUUAGUGCAGUUUUAGUACAUUGCUCUGUUCAGUUGCUGAUAGCCUUGCAUAUUUCAUGGAAUGUUCAAGCUGCACUUGUCCAAGCUGUUCGUUCCUGAUUUAACCAUUAUUUUGAGAAAUUGAAGAGCAAAGAAAUGAUUUUCUUCUGUUCUCAAUUCUAAAAUUUUUGAAUUCCUUGUGUGAAAUUAAAAAAUCUGAAUAAUUUUACAGAAGGCU